UGAGGAGGGAGGGAAAGGUAGCCGAAAGGGGAGUGAAUUUAGUUGGGAAAAAAAACCUUUACUGCCUUGUCUAUAGGACGCUAGCCAGCUAUUUUUAAACAGACUAAAGACUCCGCAAGAGCUGCUGCACACUCUGAAAGAGAGUGGCGGUUAAACCGAAAUUACAAAAAGUGACAAAAAAAUAAUAACAAAGUCAUAAAGGCAAAGGACAAAGAGAGGCAUUGAAAUAAUUACCAGCAGGUUCCUGCAAUUAAACCAAUAUAUAAUUAAAUAUAUCUAAUCUAUAAAUUUAUCGAUUAUCAUUUACCGAAGAUGAACGGACUUACUGGAAGCCUCUGUACGUUUGAAGACAUCAGAUCGGACGGCAGAUCCACGGACGGCUGUAGGAGGCUCAGACUCACCCUGCACGACCAGAACCAGCCAGUUCGGACCACAGUGCAGCCACAAAGCAAGCCAAUUGGCCGAGCUUUUGCGUUGGUGCAGCCAGCCAAUGAGAGGAAGCCGCUGAAGUUUGAACCAAUCAAACCAACAGAAGAGAAGGUUGAAGUCAUUAAGGUGUACCUGGAAGCACGCAAAAAGGAGCAGACCAGAGACCAGCAGAGUCUGAAGAUGCUGUCAGAUGAAGUUUCCCAGAUACAGGAGGUGAGGUACUGUUUGAAGACUCUGAGGGAGGUGAUGGCAGCUAAAAACAACAACAAAGGGGAGCACAAGUUCCCUGCCAAUGGCUACAAGGUUCAUGUGCCAAGCAGCCAAUCAGUCACGUCUAAUCAAAAGGAGGGUGAAGCCGUUGCUGAAAGUCAGGACUGGGAGGAUGAACAGGAGAGUGCACGACUGAGGGAAGUGAGUAAGCGUUUAUACAGCCAGCUGCAGGAAGCGGAGAAGAGGCACCAGGAGGAGAGGGAGAGGCUGCAGGCGGAGAGCGGGCAGUACCGGCAGCGGCUGAGUGAGCAGGCGGAUCGUCUGCUGCGGGCGGAGGAGGGGGUGGAGGUGCGGGACCAGCGCAUCGAGGAGCUGCAGCGCCUGCUGGCCGGCAUGGAGGUGGAGAGCGCCGCCCUGCGGGAGAAGAUGAGGGACAGCGAGGGGGAGCUGAUGCAGCUGCGGGCGCAGAGGGAGGAGGAGCAAAACGAGGACCGGAGGUCUGAGCAGCUGGAGAAAGAGCUGGCCGUGCUGAAGGAGAAGAUCCAUCACCUGGACGACAUGCUGAAGAGUCAGCAGAGGAAGGUUCGACACAUGAUCGAACAGCUGCAGAACUCGCGAACGGUGAUCCAGGAGAGAGACAGAGUGAUCCGCGAGCUGGAGGAGAAGGUGGCCUACCUGGAGGCAGAGAACAGAGAGUUACAUGACCAGAUGGACUACUUCCUUGGAGGUCAGAGGCCCAGCUCAUACUUGUCAUCAGAGCGCAACCCACAGAUUGUCUACAGUAAGCCGCUGAGGCCUUCCAAUCACUCCAACAAGUCCCUGCCCUUCAUUAAAGUCAUCGAGAUCAAGUCGUGAGCAACCCGGGAGGGGGGGGCGAGAGGCCAGCGUAAAGCUACACCACAGAAACACAACCGUACAGUAUUGUCCACCACUGGUCCUGGAGCACAUUAACCCUGCAUGACUCACUCUCAUCUCUGCAUCAAGGAUAUGAUAAGCAUAGAUACUGCUGUUAAUGUAGAUAGAGAUAUUAAUGGAAUGAACAUAGUGAUAGACAUUGAUGCACAGUCAUUUACCUUUAAAAAUAUUUUUCACCUUCCCUCUAAGUAGGUUCAAAAUGUGUUUACUUUGAGUGAGUAAUUUUCAGUCUGAUUCCGAUUUCAUUAUAGAAUCUGGUCAAUAUUAAAUAUCUCCUUUAACGGGUGAUAUUAACAGAAUGGAGUCAGAAAUUAGGCUGUCUUUGCUGUUAGUUGAGUCUGAGCCAGCGGAUGUUUUGAAGACUUAUCGAUGCCUUCUCCUUUUUUGCCCUUAAAAAGAGACAACAAGGGAAAUGGCUAGUGGCCCGAGUAUCAAUUCAGUUGAAUAUACCUUUAAGAAAAGGCAGGCGGUUGAUUUAAAAGGCACAUACAGAGAACGGGAUUAAUGGAAUCCAGUUUGGGCCCUUCCAAAGAUGGGGAGGGAGCAGGAGCUCUGCCAGUGGGGGUGGCCAAGGAGAGGGAGGAUUUAAUAAGAAAGGCAACACUGUAGAAGUAAGCCCUGGAUGUUGCCUGGAUUAGGACUGUAGCUAUACACAUGAGUACCACAGUGACAGAAUGUACUGGGGACUAGAAACAAGUGAUGAAGUAUAUGGAACCCAGGAAGAUGUGUCAAAUCCAUCUAGUUAUUCAGGUCAUUUAAAUUGUGAUGGAUGAGUAGCGCUGAGGGCAGGAACAAGACCAAGAAAAUGGAGGUGUUUCUGGCAGUGAUGCCUUUGUAUAGUGAUACUCUUCUCAUCGCGUAUACAGGUCACUUCUGUGGGACGUGAGUCUGGGCUGUUCAUCUGUUGUAUUGUCUUUGAUGUUCCACACUCUCUAAAGCUGUGUGUCCUAUUACUCAAAAAAAAAAACAAUUAUUUCCCCCUCAGGGCUAAACUUUAGACACAGUAACACAAACACUUCAGCUCUGUGGUCCAGUCAUCACCACUCAACUGCUUAAAAAAAAGAGUACACGGCCUAUUUGUAGUAGGUGUAGCACUUUCUCAUAGGCUAAGCUAACGAUGACCAUUGGCUUUCUUUGUAAAGCAUUCAGGUCUGGCUGUGACUUCUCCUGUGACUGCCAGAUAGCUGUCCUUCCAUUUCUACUAACUCAGACACAUAAACCAUUCUGUGAAUGAAAGAAAGGUUUUUCCAGAGAGAUUACACUUCAGCACUUAUUGGGAUAGGCAAAGUGACUUUAUUUUCAGGAGGUUUCACGAUAAUGAAGAAUGACAGUGGUAAUGAUGAAGGUGAUGCGAUAUUUGUUCUAGCAUACAUCAAUACAGUAGCAGCAUUUUACAAGGAGUUAUUGUGUGCAUUUCAGUUCCCAGGUGUAUCUUUUGUGUAUCUUAUAUUAUAUUUAUGCAUUUGUAUGUUUUUGUUUUUCAAUGUCAUGAUUGUUCUACCUAACUGCAAAGCAUUUCUUGUUUUUAUUAACAGUCCUCCAACCGCCUUUGUGAAACUUGCAUUAUUACACAAUUGUAGUAAAUGUUAGGCCUAUUACAGUACAUAACCUGAAGAAGUCUGUGCUGUUUGCUGUGAAAAUUGUGGUGGGGAGGAAGUAUAUAUAUAUAUUUUAAUGCGCAUGUAACAACUAGGUCUUCAUU